AGUGCGUCGCACACGUGCUGCACGUUUGUUUGCUGUGAUACAACACUGAUGGCGGGACGACUGAAGAAACAAGCGAAGGAAGCGAUAAAGAUCAUCGGAUGUGGCAGUGCUCUGUUCCUGGGCUACCUCACGGCCUCUGGAGAUGAACACUUCUAUGCCAGUGCUCUGAUGCCAGUGUUGCAGAGGUUUGUGGGAGCAGAGACAGCUCAUGUCAUGGCUGUGCGACUGAUUGGUCUUGGACUUGUGCCUCGCAACAGCUACAAGGACCCAACCUCGCUGGAAGUGCACGUGAUGGGUCGAAAGUUCCAGAAUCCGGUUGGGAUAGCAGCAGGCUUUGACAAGCAUGGCGAGGCAGUGGAUGGUCUCUAUAAACUGGGCUUUGGUUUCGUGGAGGUGGGGACCGUCACCCCAAAGGCACAGGAAGGAAACCCAAAGCCACGUGUGUUCAGACUAGAGGCCGACCAGGCAGUCAUUAACAGAUAUGGAUUCAAUAGUUGUGGUUUAACUGCAGUGUUCGAGAGGUUGAAAGCCAGAGAGCACACGCAAUCACAGCUGACGAAAGCAGGGAAACCCCUCGGCAUCAACCUCGGAAAGAACAAGCUUUCUUCAGAUGCGGUGGCAGAUUAUGUGCAAGGAGUGCAAACCCUCGGCCCUCUCGCUGACUACCUGGUAGUGAAUGUGAGCAGCCCAAACACACCUGACCUUAGAGACCUGCAGAGCAAGGAAAAACUGCGCCACCUGCUCGACAAGGUGCUUAAAGCACGAGAUUCUCUGCAAGAGGACAACCGGCCACCAGUGUUGGUGAAAAUUGCCCCCGAUCUCUCUACACAGGACAAGCGAGAUGUUGCUGAGGUUAUCAUGGAGGUUGGCGUUGAUGGUUUAAUGGUUUGCAACACCACCGUUGACAGACCAAAGACUUUGAAAGACCCUCAAAAAGAAGAGAAAGGAGGACUCAGUGGUCAGCCUCUCAAACAGAUGUCCACUGACACAGUGCGGGAGAUGUACACCUUGACCCAAGGUAAGGUACCCAUCAUUGGAGUUGGUGGAGUGGCCAGCGGUCAGGAUGCUCUAGAUAAGAUCUGUGCGGGAGCUUCUCUAGUUCAGCUCUACACGGCUCUAGUAUACCAGGGACCACCUGUAGUCAACAAGAUCAAAAGAGAAUUGGAUGAUCUUUUGAAGGCACAAGGUUUUACAUGUGUAGCAGAGGCAGUAGGUGCUGGUCAUAGGACCACUGUGAACAUCACACAACCACAGACCCAAGAGAAAGAAAAAGAGUCAUAACAUCAUUGUACAUUCAUUUACAACACAAGAUGGAAACCACUCAUAUGAAAACGUGUUACAUUUAAGGCAUGUGAUGGUGGCAUGCCUUCUUGGUGUGAUAAAUGAAUUCCUGGUCAUGUGAAAAGACUGCCACACAUACUUGUUAUUUUAUCUCUUGGAGUUAUGAAUUUGAAUACUUGUCUACACUAAGAUUUGUAUAUAUGUAAAAUGUGAUGGAAAUCACACUGAUCAUGCAUUUAAAUUAAGGAAUUGAAUUUCUGAAGUGCCUGAUGAUGUCCAAAUGAUGCGUAGGCCCAUGCUGUUCGUUUAUAUCUCAUACUCUUGAGAUCUGAAGACUGAAUGCAACCUUUUGAAUUUAAAAUGUAUUGUGUUGUCA